AUGUUGAAUAAUAAUCAUUCAAAGAAUAAUAAUAAUCGAUCGGGAGGAUUUAAAAAUUCAAAUUCGAAACAAUCGAAACAAUUUUAUUCUACUAACGUGAAUAGUUCUACUGCUGCUGGUGCUGCUUCUGAGGAAUUAUCUGAUAAUUCAAUGAUGAAAUAUUCAAUUCCGGACAAGUAUUAUCAAAACAUGAAUAUGGCUAGUUUAUAUUCGUAUAUGGAUAAGUAUGAAUUUAGUGGAAAACAGUGGAAGAAGUGGUUUGAAAAUUAUCAGAAAUCUGGAAAGGAAAAUUUAAAGAUGAUGAGACAAGUGGUUCAAGAAGGAACAUUCCAUGCAUUUAGAAAUUUGUAUUUUAAACCUGAUAGAGAAGUAAUCAGUACACAAGCAGUCGGAGAGGAAUUAUUGGAGGAUAACAUUAUUUCAAUUAAUAGAGAUGAUUUGAUGGAGAGUUGUGUGAAUACCAAGUUUUAUUCAAAUCAUAGUGCUGCCCAAUCAAUUUUGGAGACUUUGAAAACACCAAAAUUAUUUAAAAACACUCAAGUAUUGGUGAUGGAAGGAGAUUGUUUGGAAGCUGCAUUGUUGUUGCAAAAGAAUGCAAAAAUUGAGGAAAAUAUUGUGAGGAAGGUUGCUGUAUUAAAUAUGGCAAGUGCAAAAAGACCAGGUGGAGGCUACAAAACAGGAGCUGGAGCCCAAGAAGAAAAUCUUUUCCGUAGAACAAGUCUAGCCUUCUCCCUCGAAGAUAUUGAGAAAUGGGAUAAGAAACGAACUGGAAAAUACCCACUCGAUGAAUUUGGAGGUGUUUAUGUGCCAAAUGUCACCGUGAUUAGAGGAAGUGAACUCAAAGGAUAUCCAUUCUUGGAUAAAAUCUACAAAACAGAUGUUGUUUGUGUGGCUGCUUACUCAAAUCCUGAUUUGGAUCCAAAGAAUGCAAACAGAUUCCACUCCUCACUUGUAGAAAAUGUCAAGAAGAAACUUCGUCUCAUAUUUGCAAUGGCUAUCGAACACAAUGUAACAACACUUGUUUUAUCCUCUUUGGGAUGUGGAGCUUACAAAAAUCCUCCUCAACACAUGGCGGCUCUCUUCAAUCAAGUAAUUCAGGAAUUUGAUGGACAUUUCGAACAGGUUGUGUUUGCAAUUUAUAAUGAUAAUAAUGCAAAGAAUGCUGAAGGAAAUGUGGUUCCGUUCGAAAGGGAGUUUAAAACAAAGGCUAUCCCAGUAGAGUGGAAAUAA